AGCAACGAAUUAAUGCGAUAACUUAGGUAAUCUGCUAGACGAAACGGAAGUGCUUGAUUGGAUGGUGAAGCAGAAGACAGACGAGAGUAUCGAAGAAAUCGAUCGUGACACCCUGACCAAAUAUAUCGAGACGAAAGAAUUCCUGGCUGUUAUUUUCUACAAGGAGGAGGAUCCAGAGAGUCCUAGGGUACUUAGGCACGUCGAGUUGAUCGACGAUGAAGCUGCUGAGUACGGUAUAAAGAUCGUGAGAAUGAAGGAUCGAUUGAUGGCGAAGAAAUAUGGCUACCGGAACCCGCCCGGUAUCACGUACUUCCGCAAGGGCAAGAACAUCAAUUACGACGGGGACAUCGACGACGAGGAGGAAAUUCUCGACUGGCUGACCAAUCCUGAGAACAUGGAGCUGACCGAUCACAUCGAAAGAAUCAAUAAGAAGAUGUUUCAGAAGAUACGGCAGACCACUGAUUACUUGGCGGUGUUCUUCUACAGCAACGACUGCAAACAGUGUGGCAGAGUAUUGGCGGAAAUCGAACAUAUCGAUGACGAGGCGGACAGUGUUGGAAUAAAGUUCGUGAAGAUUGACGACAAACAACUGGCCAAACAAUAUGGUGUCUUUGCGUUACCCGCCAUAUUGUUCUUUAAAAUGUCCUCGAAGGAACCAGUCAUCUAUGCAGGCGAUCUGUACGACGAAGAUCAGAUUUUACAAUGGCUGUUGACGCAAAAAGAUCCAUCCGGAGAGGUAAUCGAAGAUUUGGAGGGUGAAGAUCUGCUAAAUUUGAUAAGGGAGUCGGAAUCGUUAGCAGUAUACUUCUGGAACAGAACGCUUUGUGACUUGUGUCAGGCAAAAUAUCAGCGGAAGCAGACCCGCCAGAGGAGCAAGAUCGUCGAACACGAAGCAGCCGAGGAACUCGAUGAUGCCGAAGACUGUGAACAGUGCGUAGGCAUCCUCGAGGAACUGGAGAAUAUCGACGAUGAUUGCGAUAGACAUGGUAUCACGUUCGUAAAGACACAAGAUUACAAAGUGGCAGAAGAUUAUGGCGUCACGGAUUUCCCGGUGUUAGUCUACUUUGAAAAGCAAUUGCCAAAUGUGUUCGAAGGUGAUUUGAAAGUGGAAGAGGAAGUUUUGCAAUGGUUGAUUACUCAGAAAACGGAGGAUCGAAUAGAACUGAUUACCAGAGUGAUGUUAGAAACGUCUGUCGAAGAGACUCAAUAUCUUGCAGUUUAUUUCUAUAAACUAAACUGCCAUAUAUGCGACGAGAUUUUGGAAGGAUUAGAGAGGAUCGACGACGAAUGCGACGUGUUCGGUAUUCAUUUGGUGAAAAUUCAGGAUCCUCAACUAGCCAAACGAUAUUCUAUUAAAACCUUCCCGGCCUUAGUUUACUUCAGAAAUGGCAAUCCUCUAUUGUUCGAAGGUGAUUUACAAAACGAAGAAUCAGUUCUCGAGUGGCUAAUCGACGACGAUAAUCGAGAACUAGCGGACGAGAUUGAAUCUGUGAAUGAGAGGAUGCUGGAGAGACUUCUCGACGAAUCUCCAUUCUUGGCUGUUUUCUUUUACGACGAAGACUGCCCCGAGUGUGACGAAAUUAUGGAAGCUUUGGAGAAAAUCGACGGUGAAGCAGAUUUAUUCGGUAUAGACUUCGUGAAGGUGCUCAGCACGGAAGCUACAGAGAAAUUUUCAAUUCUGAACGUUCCGUCGCUCGUUUAUUUCCGCAAAAAGACACCGUUGAUCUAUGACGGCGAUCUGACUCAAGAAGACAAGAUUCUUCAAUGGCUAACGUCUCAAGACGUCUUCGAAAUUAAAAAUGAAAUCGAAGAAGUUAACAAAAAGAUGCUAGACAAAUUGUUGGACGAGAACGAGUUCCUUGCUGUCUUUUUCUAUGAACACGACAAUAAAGAAAGCGAAGAAGUAAGCGAAAAGUUGGAAAACAUUGACGGAGAAACGGAUAAUUUGGACAUCACGUUCGUCAAGAUGGCUGAUCCAAGAUACGCAAGGAAGUGGGGUGUCACUAAACUUCCUGCCAUCGUUUAUUUUCGCAAGAGAUUUCCCAGUAUCUAUCGAGGUAAUCUACACAACGAACAAGACGUGUUGGAAUGGCUGCGCAAGAACAGGUACCGUCAACCAGAGCUGAACAUCUACAUGUACAUGCUGAUUGCCAUUACCGUCCUAUUCGCCAUGUACACCGGCUUCCUGUUAUCCUGUUUCCGCUCGGAACCAACGGCUCCCGCGCCGCAUCCGAAGCAAGCGUGAUAGAAAGAAAGAAAGAAAGAAAAGAGAGAAAGAGAGUAAGAGAGAGAAAGAGAGAGAAAGAAAGAAAGAAAGGAACGAAAGAGUAGAGACUUAUUGAUCGUUGCUGCGCGAAUGUGCGUUUUAUUGUUGUUGAUCCGACUCGCUUUAACGUAAGAUUGAAUGGCGGCCGUUCGUCCGGAACGAACGACUUGUACCAAGGCUCGACGAUUCUACGGAGGAUGACGACGAAACCUGUCUAUAUACGUAUUUUUCUCUUCGCUUAGACGAUGAACGAACGAUUGAAGAAAAAAAAAAAAAAGAAAAUAAUAAAUUAAUAAAUCAAAUAAUCUACUUCUAUACAUUGCACCGUAAUAGGUUCAAGUUGUCCGUGAAUUCCGUGAGCGCGUGGUAUGCUUGCUUAACGUGGACCAAAUUCAUCGAUUUUCUAUAGGAGAUUAUUAGACCUCUGUCAAAUUGAAGAAGGCGCGAACGUGUUGCGAGCGUACACGUAGGCGACGUUUCGCGGGAGUUUACUCGACUUAUAAUAUUCCAAACGAUAUUACCAAUUAUGUUAGCGUAUAAGCUAUAUACGUACGUAAGUAUAUCGUAUACGUUUGCCAUAAUGUCUCUCUGUUCGCGUUCGAAUCACCGUGCGGCGACAACGUUGUUUGAUAUUCUUUUAUUGUAUUGCUUUGUAACGAGAUAGAGAUAUUACAUUGUAUCGUAUUCCAUAUUUCACUUUGUAUUAACUUUUGCUGACUCGAUGAUUUUUUUGCUGCGUUUUUAGAGUGAAUAAAACUGAUCGACACAUCUGUACACAUCUGUUAUUUUGUUGGUGUUCAUGGAAUGUUGCUAGCCAAUUCGAUCGACGAGCAAUCUGUGGUUUCUUCUUCUUCUUCUUCUUCUUUUUUAUUUUUUUUUAUUUUUUUUUUUUUUUUUUUUUUUUUUUUUUUUUUUUUUUCGUACGUGUUCUUGUAACGUUAAUUGUUACCGUUGAUUAGGUAUUGACAGUGGUCUUGUUCUUUAUCUCGAGUGAUCACCUUUGGUCCACGUGUAAUUCAUUGUUCGCGAAGAUGAUUGAUAAUCCAUGCGUCUUCUCGAUGAUGGAUCAUCAAAGAUAUCUUCCAAAUGGAACGAAAGAAAGAUGUACACGAGACAGGUGAAUAUUGACAAUCGAUACUUAUACUUGUCAAAAGAAGGCAAACAAUGUUAACACAUGAUCAUGAGGAAUAAAGAGCGAAUCCUUGGACCAA